AUGGCAUAUUCAUCAUCAACAGCAGAACCCCCUCUUUCUUCAUGUCCGGAACCAAUUGCUAUCGUAGGAAUGGGAUGUCGGUGGCCAGGUGGCGUCCGAAAUCCUUCUCAAUUAUGGGACUUGCUCAAAGAAGAACGAGACGGGUGGUCCGAAUUCCCUAAAGACCGCAUCAAUGUGGAUGGCUUCUACCAUCCCGAUGGUCAACGCCCAGGAAGUAUGUAUACCAGGGGCGGUCAUUUACUGCAGGAGGAUACAAGAGAUUUCGAUCAUAGUUUCUUCGGCAUCACGGCGACAGAAGCUAUGGCCCUAGAUCCAAGCCAGCGCAAGCUAGUUGAAGUCACUUAUGAAGCCGUAGAAAGCGCCGGGGUGCCGUUCGAGAAGUUCUUUGGCUCGAGAACGGGCGUGUUUGUUGGAAAUUUCAACAACGAACAUCAGAUGAUGCAGUAUCGAGAUCCAGAUCAUACAUUACCUUACGUGGUUACCGGCGGCGGCCCCACGAUAUUGAGCAAUCGUCUUAACUAUGUAUUUAAUCUCACGGGGCCAAGUCUAAUGGUCGACACAGCUUGCUCAGCAUCCAUGUAUGCUCUACACUUGGCUGUGACAUCUAUUCGCAAUGGGGAUUGCGACGCAGCCAUAGUCGCUGGUGCCAAUGUCAUACUUGGCCCAGAUAAUCAGUUAUUCACAACGAAACUCGGAGCGGUGUCACCAACAUCUCGCUGUCACACUUUUGACAUCGCAGCAGACGGUUACUCACGAGCAGAGGGUUUUGGAGCCAUUUAUCUCAAGAGACUCUCUGAUGCCGUAGAUAGUGGCGACCCCAUUCGCGCAGUAGUGCGUGGCACAUCAUUCAACGCCAAUGGAAAGACAGGCGGUAUCUCCCACCCAAGUCCUGACGGCCAGGAAGCCGUUAUUAGACAAGCUUACAAGGCUGCUGGCGGUCUCAACCCGGAUCUGACCGGUUACACUGAAGCACAUGGAACGGGCACACCGGUAGGAGACCCUAUCGAAGUCUCAGCCAUCGGACGCGUUUUCUCUCCGGGACGAAAAGACGAUCCACUCUUGAUCGGAUCAAUCAAACCAAACCUAGGACACAGCGAAGCCGCGAGUGCGAUGUCGCAGGUCAUGAAAGCUAUCCUGGCGAUGGAGCAUGGGGAGAUCCCGGCAACUGUUAGGAUCAAGGAGUUCAACCCUGCGAUUGAUUUCGAGACGGCGAGGGUCAAAGUGGUGACGGGGAUGACUCCUUGGCCCAGUAAUCGUCUGCGUCGAGUUAGCAUUAACAGCUUCGGAUACGGCGGCGCAAAUGCCCAUGCAAUCCUAGAUCACCCGAGUGUGGUUCUUCCUGGAUAUAAACUUCACGGCCUCCCUUUGUCGUACAACCAGAUUGGAAUUGCCAACGGGAAUGGGCACUAUACCAACGGCAAUGGUCAUAGCAACGGGAACGGCUAUACCAGUGGCAACGGUAAUACCAACGGGAAUGGUCACACCAAUGGAAACGGUCAAAAUGAAGAUAAGUUGUGCUGGUCGCCUCAGCGAAUUAAAGUCUCUCAGAUUCAAGACGCGGGGGUUCGGCAGCACAUCUUGCUACCAUUCUCUGCGCAUGAUGAGCGUGCCUUGAAGGAGAAUAUGGCAACAGUUGCGAAGUGUUUAGGCAAAUACGAUCUAGCAGAUCUAGUCUACACCCUCGGCUGUCGAAAGUCAACAUUUGCCCGCCGCGCAUUCGCGAUCGCAGACUCAAGCGCACUGAGAGAAGAGUUGGACUCGGACUCGGUUGUCUCCGGAAAGGCACCAAGUACUCCAUCGAGGCGAAUCGGAUUCGUGUUUACUGGGCAAGGAGCCCAGUGGCCACAAAUGGGCGCUGAAUUAAUUCAUGAGUACGCGGUAUUUCGACGAACAAUCAGAUACCUGGACAGUGUGCUCGGCAAGUUAAAGCACCUUAGGCCUAGCUGGUCGAUUGAAGAAGCGCUCUUGGAGCCUGCAGCCACAAGCCAGAUCCACAACCCAGCCUUCUCGCAAACUAUUUGUACAGCUCUACAAAUAGGCUUGGUGACUCUGUUAAGACAAUGGGGAAUCGAACCUGUAGCGACAGUCGGGCAUUCCUCGGGUGAAAUAGCUGCGGCUUACACGGCAGGACGUCUGAAAGCGAGUGAGGCUAUCGUUCUAGCUUACUUCCGCGGUCAGGUAGUCAUCACCAAUCAACGCAAGGGGCUUAUGAUGGCUGUUGGUAUUGGAGAAGCUGAGACCCGACCCUACCUAGAAGGAAUAGGGAGCGACGUCAAGAUCGCUGCUGUGAACUCGCCCAAUAGUGUCACGCUAUCUGGCGAACCAGGGGCCAUCACGAAGCUGAGUAAAACAAUGACCGAAGGCGGUAUUUUUGCCCGCGUGCUCAAGACAGGUGACAACGCAUAUCAUUCUCAUCAUAUGGCGGCCCUAGGGCCGCCAUACGAGGACCAAGCAACAGAGGGUCUUGAUGAUGUCGGAGUGCUCAUCGCAAAUGAACCUCGAAACUCCCAAGUGAGGUGGUUCUCGUCAGUGACGCUGAAGGAAGAAAUAGACGUAUCCCCUGCCUACUGGAGACGUAACCUCGAGUCCCCCGUACUCUUCUCUCCUGCGGUCGAGAAAAUGGUAACAAGCGAGCCGGUGGAUCUUCUGAUUGAGAUUGGACCUCAUCCUGCACUAAGCGGCCCGGUAAAGCAGCUACGCAGUACACUGGAAGGUCACGGUGUCAAAGUUCCUCCCUGUUUAGGAUCACUUCGUCGGGGUGAGCAUGACGUCCAAAGCAUGCUGACCCUUGCUGGCAAUCUCUUCGUCAACAAUGCACCGAUCGACCUUGUGGCAGUCAAUGCCAACGAAAAGUUGGAGAAUGGAAUGGUGUCACUCAGUCACGGCUUUACCUGCAUCGAUCUCCCUCAGUACAAGUACUCGUACCCGGACCAGCCUGUGCAUUAUGAGAAUCGGUUUAACAGAGAAUAUCGCCUGAGAAAGCACCUUUCACACGACUUGCUCGGCGCUCGGAUUCCUGGCGGAUCUAGAACACAUCCACAAUGGAGAAAUGUCCUUCGCUUGAAGGAUGUCCCGUGGCUGGAAGACCACAAGUUGCUUCCACAUGCCGUAUUGCCGGGAGCAGCGUAUCUCACGAUGGCUAUUGAGGCCAUCAGCCAGCUGCACCACGAGGCCGAGGAAGCCGAACGUAUCACGUCUUACAAACUCCGCCAGGUCGCAAUUAACUCGGCGCUGCGCGUGGAGGAUACCGAACUCGGUGUUGAGAUAGUGCUGGACAUGGAACGAUUGCCUCUGAACAACGCAGCUGUCAUGUCACAAUGGUACAAGUUCACCAUCGGUUCAAUACUGCCCAACUCCGACACGUGGACUCAACACUGCACUGGUAUCAUAUCAGUGACCACCGCAGAGACCACGAUCGACAGGGACCGUCAACUGCGGCCGGACCCCCGCUCUAGAUCACUCGACAUGUCGCGCUGGUAUAAAAGGUUCUGGGAGGCUGGACUGGGCUAUGGUCCAGCAUUCGAGGGGUUAUCGGAACUCAAGGCUUAUCGUGGAACAAACACUGCGAGCGCCAAAGUCGCCCUCAGCCCUACGGCCAACCUCAAGAAUGAGUCAUGCUACCCUAUUCACCCUGGGACUUUAGACACGAUGAUACAGCUUGCCUUGAUAUCGUGCCACGCAGGUCAGGUCGAGAGCUUUGAGAAAGCAUUUGUGCCCAUAUUUGCCGACGAUGUCACGGUAUGGGUACCAGAAGGUAACCAACCUCAGGGUCUAGGUAUAGCGAGUGGGCAGAUACUUGGCCUUCGAAGCAUGUACUCUCAGGCUCAGCUCUACAGCUUUUCAGGAUCCCCGCUUCUUGACAUAGGGGAGUUAAAGUGCGUCACGUAUGAGGGCAUAGAAGACGAAAGCGCAUCAAGUGCUGUACGUGAACCAUACUGGCGUCCGGUAUCGAGACCCGACGUUGACACGUUAACACCUUCCAUCACGAGGGAUAUGUUUCCAGCUAAGGAGAUCGACCAAUCUGUUAUUGUCGCGCUGGAGACUCUGUCAGCACAUGUUCUUGCAAGUAUCGGAGAAACACUCCGAAGUGAAGUGAUUGGUGAUGGCAAAACACAGAAUCACGAUGCGUUCGCGGAAUGGGUAAGAUCGUGGAAUGAUUCCAGCAACACUCAUCCCACCCAGCAUCUCAGCAAGACAGAAAGAUUAGCGGAGAUCCAGAGACUAUCCAUGACGAUGAAACAUAUUCCUGAGGCCAGGUGUCUUUCAGCGCUGCAUGAUAAUCUAGGCAGCGUCUUGAAGGGAGACACCAACAGUGUAAAGCUAUUGAUGGAAGACAACCUAAUGACUGAUUUGUUCUCGUCGGGGAUUACUCUCCAAGGAGGGUACUCCCAGGUCCAACACAUAGUAGAUCUGUUGGCGCAUAAAAACCCUCGCAUGAGGAUUUUGGAAGUUGGUGCGGGCACAGGGGGCUUGACUUCGGCGGUGUUGGACACGUUGGCGUCAAAGUCAGCACCAAAGAGACUCCAAGACUACGUCUUCACCGACCACGCGAGCUGGUCGAUUCCAGAAGCACAGGCGCGAUUCUCAGGCCAAGGCGCGCUGACAUUCCAAACACUUGAUAUCCUCCAAGAUCCUAUUUCUCAGGGCUUCGAAGGUCAGUCUUUCGACUUGGUGAUUGCUACAAGCUUGAGCGAACUUCAAAGCCCCGCGACAGCCUUGAAACACAUGAAAGCUCUACUCAGACCCUCCGGAUCGGCUGUUUUGCUUGAAACCAUGAGCCCGACCUUGACAUCGGAAAUUCUCUCCCGUACACUAACUGGUAAAUGGGAGCAAGAGUCCAUAAGUCCGCCGGAAUGUAGGUGGGAGAGAACCCUACAACAGUGUGGGUUUUCAGGUGUCGAUCUUUCUCUUCAAGACUACACAAGAAAUCAACACAUGACCACAGCGAUGCUGUCGAAAGCCAUUGAUACUAAAGCAGAAGUUGCUUCGAAGCAAUCAUCCAAGGAUGUAUAUCUUGUCUAUAGGGAUUCAUUGCCUCUGUUAGCCGAAGCAGUAACUGGGAUCUUGAAAGAUGUUGGCGUUAAUAUUAUCUCCGUUGAGAUGUUCUCUGGAGCUAUGAUUCCUAAGGGUUCCUCUAUCAUCAGCUUGAUUGACGCCGACGGUUCCAUCCUUACUUGCCGUGACGAGGCGUAUUUCGAAGCAUUACAGGCCGUUGUUUCGCAGGUGUCAGAGAUGGUGUGGGUGGCAUCUGACUUGAGUAUCCAUGGCGAAUCAGCCAUCAUGAAGGGCGUGUUGCGAUCUAUCGCUACGGAGAACGUCUUAUCCAAGUACGCGUUCAUCGAGUUGGAUCACAGGGAGUAUACUCCACACUCAAGAGCUGCCGAACUCAUUCUUCACAAGCUAGGCGAAUUGCAAGCAUCGCCUGUAUCCGAGGCGGUGGACCUUGAAUCUGUGCUCCGAGGAGGUAUCUUCUAUAUUGAACGGUUAUUCCCUGAGGCGACAUUGAACGAACAAUUUAACUUGCGCAACGGGCAUCAGAGUGAAAUCGAGGAGCUCCCCAUGAGCCAGUAUGGGCCCCUUAUGGCAAGGUAUCGACAGCCUGGAUUGCUCUCAUCGCUAUACUUCAGCACCGACCCAAGCUUUAAGGAUCCAUUGGACAAUAACGCGAUCGAGAUAAAGACCGAGGCUAUCGGACUCAACAUGAAGGACCUCGCUGUAGCGACCGCGAAAUUUGAUCUUGACAAGCUGAGUACCGAAGGAGCGGGCAUCGUAACACGGGUCGGUUCGGGUGUCGAUUCUUUCAAGAUAGGCGAUCGGGUUUUCGGCAUGAUCCCAGGCAAUAUGGGUAAUUACCUUCGAUCUCCAGCUGCCCUAAUCGCGCGAAUCCCGGAGGGCCUCUCAUUCGAAAGCGCGGCGUCCAUGCCGGUCGUGUACCUAACAGCGAUAUACGCAUUCCAUCAUCUAGCUCGCCUGAGCGCUGGUGAGUCGGUUCUCAUCCAAUCUGCUACCGGCGGUCUUGGAAUGGCAGCUAUUCGAGUAGCAUUGCUCCUAGGGGCCGAGAUCUAUGCUACUGUAGGUACUCCUCGGAAGCGCAAGGUGCUUAUCGAGGAAUUUGGAAUACCAGAUGGCCGCAUUUUCAAUUCUCGAGACCUGAGUGCAGUAGAUGAGAUGCUUCAGGCCACGGGCCAGAGAGGCUUUGAUGUAAUCCUGAGCAGCACAGGCGGAGAUUCGAUGCACGAGAUGUGGAGAUGCAUUGCGCCACUUGGACGCUUCAUCGAUGUUGGCCGAACAGAUGUUCUCGGUGGCGGUAGACUCGGGCUUGAAGUUUUCAAGCGCAACGCGACUUUCUCAUCGUUUGACCUAGGCCUCGUUUACCGCCAGAGACCUGAGUUGAUUGCCAGAUUGAUGGAGGAAAUGACACAGCUUCUGGAGUAUAGAGUGAUUGGUCCAAUUGAACAUUUGACCACCUAUGAUAUCUCUCAACUAGAGGGCGCCCUGAAUACCUUCUCGAAGGGGUUACACAGUGGCAAGUUUGUCAUUACCUUCCGUGACCCAGAGACACGCUUGAAGAUCGCUCGUUCGGCACCUCGAGCUACAUUUGAUCCAGACGCGGCCUAUUUGUUAGUUGGAGCGCUUGGUGGCCUCGGGCGCAGUCUGGCUGCGUGGAUGGUCGAGCGCGGCGCUCGGCACCUUGUGUUUAUAUCUCGGUCAGGCAUAAGCAAGCCUGAAGCAGUCAGAACGGUUCAAGAGCUCCUCGCCGCGGGUGCCGAGCCUGAGGUGAUAAGUUGUGACGUGACUGACCGGAAGGCAUUGAUCACCGCAAUAGGAAAUAUCUCCAAAUCGCGGAACAUCAAAGGCGUGAUUCAUGCGGCUAUGGUAGAAGGUGAUGCACUUUUCAGUAAUGCGACCUGGAAUCAGAUUCAGCGUGUGCUGGCACCCAAAGUCGCGGGCACUGUGAAUCUUCACCAUGUCACAGAGAGGCUGCCGCUCGACUUUUUCAUUAUGACAUCCUCCAUCGUGGGAACAGUGGGCACACCAAGUCAGGGCGCAUACACAGCAGCCAAUGCCUUUCAAGAUGCGUUCGCCAAAUUCCGCCAGGCGCAGUCUCUGCCAGCCACGUCCAUAGGUCUUGGUUUGAUUCUCGAGGUUGGGUCUGUCAGUACCUCUACCGGGUUCCAGCAGAUGCUUCAGCGCAAUGCAACCUACGGCGUGUCGGAGACCGAAUUUCUCCAACUGUUUGAGGGCGCACUGUGCGAUUCGCACUCCUCCCCAGCAGACGACUUCUCGCUCGCCAAGCUAGACCCCAGCAGCAAAGCCCAAGUGGUAACGGGCCUGGAGCCAGGCCGUUUCGUAUCAUACCUCGACAAUGGGCGAGUUGAAGACCUUGUUUGGUACAAUCGUACGCGGUUCCAGGCAGUCCGACAAGGAAUUUCGGAUCGUGCGCAAGCUCUCAAGUCUGCUAGUGCGGGCUCAUCUGCUGCUGGUUCUUCAGUGGCUUUGCAGCUUCAGAAUGCAUCAUCAUCCGCCGAGAAAUUAGACAUCGCCCGAGCAGCCGUGACCACACGCCUAGCAGACCUUCUUGGCAUCGAGGCAGAUGAUGUUGAUGCUGACAAGCCAGUGUCACGAUACGGCGUCGAUAGCCUGGUGGCAGGCGAGUUGAGGAAUUGGCUUAUCAAGACGUUCGGGCUGGAGCUCACAAUGCUCCAACUGCUGAACAAGAGCACCAGAAUUGAUGAUCUGAUAAAGGGAGCAGCAGGUAUUGAGUCAUAG